AUGUUUUCAGUGUCUUCGACUACCCCAUCGAGGAAGCGGAAAGCCUCUCCAUCACCAGACCGAGACGAUGAAAUGACCACAUCUCCUGCCAUGUCAAAUGCUCGAUUACCAAUUCCACCUGGAUCGAGGAAGAAGAUACGUCCUAAUUUGACUGGAAGACCGCUCUCAGUUGACCGACUCCUCGAAACAUUAGACAAAGACUCGCUACGAUCGGUUUUGAAGUCCCUGUGUGACCGCAACCCUGGACUUCGGGAAGAAAUCAUCCAAGUCAGUCCUCGACCAAGCAUCAUGAGCACUUUGCAAGUUUUACGAGAAUAUCAUGAUCGAUUACUGUCAUCAUUUCCCCUUGAUCCGAAUCCUCGGUCCGAUUAUUCAUAUGACCGAGUUCGACCCCAAUGGAAUGAAUUGCUCGAUGCCCUGACCGAUUUUACUCCUCAUUUCUUACCCCCAAAUGAGCAGCAAUCGUCUCUUUCGUUGGAAUAUUUGGAUGGGGUGACACAAAUCAUCCACGAACUUCCCGAGUGGGAUACUGCACAAUAUAAUCUCGCCAAGCAGAAUGCAUACCAAGAGAUUUCCCGCGCCUGGGCCACCGUUAUCAAGGAAGCGAGUAAGAGAGGAGGAGGUAUUCAACUGCAGUACGGCGGAUGGGAAGACAAAUUGAGAGGUCACAACGAAAAGAGUGGCAAUAGAAUGCGAGAGGCCUAUGAAGCCCUGGGUCAGGCUUUAGGUUGGUUACGUCGAUCACCUCAACCAACUGCACAGCCAAGUAUUCGUCAGCAAUUGUUCUCCAACUCGUACGGAAUGGAACAACCUACUAUUCGAACCGGCAAUUGGUAA